CUGUGUUGAAUAUUACAUCGCGGUCUAUGUUCAUGUAAAAAUAUAUGUAUGUAAUGAACAUUUUUUGAUCUAUUUAUCCGGCACGAAAUUAAUUAACAUUAUAGCAAAAUGUUACUGCGCUCUUAAUGCAUGUGUGUGGCUCCGUUUGGUCGGCUAAUUGGUAACAGCUACUUAUUAUUCUAUUUACACACUGUGACUCAUCUUGAAGUUGCACUAAACCCGAGAGCGAUGCUAACAAUGCACGCGGAAGAGGACCCACCGGGGAUAAAUGUGAACAACAAUAUUCUGUCAGGAAGAGGAGUUUCUCCGGACAUACGGCUGGUCACUGACUCACCCUUCUUCAAGAAGAAAACCAUUGGAAGAUGUCCUCCCAGUGCUACCUAACCCUAACCCAGGUGUGGAGGUUUUAAAAAGUGGACAUUAAGCCAGACGUGCCGUUGGCUGUGGAGCCCUUAUCCCCUUUGGACCUGCGCACAGAUCUGAGGAUGCUGGGGCCAGGCUCGGACCCAGGACUCUGGGAGAGGCAGCUGCAGCAGGAGCUGCUCCUCAUUCAGAAGCAGCAACAGAUCCAGAAGCAGCUACUAAUCAGCGAGUUCCAGAAGCAGCAUGAGAAGUUGACCCGUCAGCACCAGGCUCAGCUCCAGGAGCACCUCAAGCUCCAGCAGGAGCUCCAGGCCAUGAAACAGCAGCAGGAACUUGCAGAGAAGGAGCGUCGUCUGGAGCAGCAGCAGCAGCAGAACCAGCAGGAGAAGGAGCAGGAGAGGCUUCGGCGAGAGCAGCAUGUUUCCAGCCUGAGCCUCAGGGGCAAGGAGCGCUCCAGAGAGAGUGCAGUGGCUAGUACCGAGGUGAAGCAGAAACUCCAAGAGUUUCUGUUAAGCAAAUCAGCCAAGGACCCUGCCAGUAAUGGAACCAGUCAUACUUUCAUCCACCACCCGAAACUCUGGUACACGUCUUCUCACCACACAUCACUGGACCAAAGCUCUCCACCUCUACGCGGCACAUCCCCCACCUGCCAGUAUACUCUGCCAUCACCCAUAGAGAGCAAGGACGACUUCCCCUUGAGGAAGACAGCCUCCGAGCCCAACCUGAAGGUACGAUCCAGACUGAAGCAGAAGGUUGCAGAGAGGAGGAGCAGUCCAAUGCUAAAGAGAAGAGAUGGAAACAUCAUGACUCCUUAUAAGAAGAGGGCCCUGGAGCUAAUGGACUCUACACCCACGAACAGUGCCCCUGGCUCCGGCCCCAGCUCUCCCAUAGGGGCCUCAAGUGCCUUGGGGGCUGAAAAUGGACCCUCCUCUCUGCCUACUACAACAAAAACUGAGAGAUGGCCUUCACAGCCGAGAUUAUUCCGACCUGAGGGCUCCGUGUCCAUGCUGAGCUUAUACACAUCUCCCUCCUUACCCAACAUCUCCUUGGGGCUUUCGACUACAUCCUCACCCAUCAAUGCGGCCAUAGGGUUGAAAGACAGAUCAACAGAAAUCAGGCAAGGGCUGCCUGGGCAUCUCCUGGGCCCUGUGCCCCUUCAGACAGGCCUGGAGUCCAAGGUGAGCCCCAGUCACCAGGCUCUCCUCCAGCACCUCCUCCAGAAGGAACAGAUGAGGCAGCAGAAGAUCCUCUCCUCUGGCCAAGGCUCCAUGUCGUCCCACCCUCAGUCCCCACUGGCCAUGAAGGAUCGGCCCUCCAGCAGUCGGCCGAAACUACCAAAACACCGGCCCUUGAACCGGACCCAGUCGGCUCCACUGCCCCAGAACACACUGGCCCAACUCGUCAUCCAGCAGCAACACCAGCACUUCCUGGAGAAACAGAAACAGUACCAGCAGCAGGUCCAUAUAAAUAAGCUGUUAUCCAAGUCCAUUGAGCAGUUACGUCAGCCCAGCGCACACCUGCAGGAGUCGGAGGAGGAGCAGGAGGAGCAGCAGCACGGAGAGCAGACGGAGAGCAUGCAGGAGGACAGGCUGCCCCCUGGAGGAGUCAUCCGGAAGCACACGCUCAGCAGUAGCAGCAGCAGUGGCUCGAGCGGCGAGCUCCCCGACGCUCACUGCGGGGUCAUUAAGGUCAAGGAGGAGCCGGCUGAUAGCGAGGAUGAGUCUCUGACCAGUCAGAGCUUAGAGUCAGAGCAGAGCACCUAUCUUCACCAGGUCAAAGGGAGACUGGUGAUAAGAGCAAUGAUCUGAGAAGGGAAGAGGAUGAGAUCACACACUCACAACAUUCGCAGAUAAACAAGUCUCUACAAACGUGCGUCUACAUCCUUACACACACAUACACACACACACACACACACACACACACACACACACACAUUAACAUACAUAUACACACACAUACAGCAGCAAUUGCACAGUAGGCCAGCUCUCCCUGUCACUACAUAUGACCCCUUCUCACUCAGCUGCAGCCUCACUCGUCCCACGCUCGAAGACUCUCUGUUUGUGAUCUUUGUGUAGUGAUCUCUGUAAAAUAUGUAUGUUUCACUUUUGUGUAUAUAAUAUGAAGACAAUUUAGACCGUUCUUUUUAAGAGCUGCUUUGGUCAUCAAGUGACAUAAAGUUGUAUGUACAUAUACUGUGGAUUUAGCAUCAAAGAUGAUUUCUAGAGGGAAGGUCGAACAGGUGUACAGCUUCGAAGAGCCAACUUGUGUUCCCACUGUGUACAUUUUUUGCCAUAAAAUAUUUGAAUGCUCUUCAGCGUGGAGAAUUAUCAUAAAGUCCUGACAGUAUGUUAAGAGUUUAAAACACUACAUGCUCUGUUGUUCUCAAAAAAUCUGUGAUGAUGUUCCAUGUUAAGUGGUCUCAGAAACUGAAAUAAUGAACAUCUGUCUUAGAGAGAAUGUAUACUUAAAUCCUAACAGAGGACGCUCCCUCGGGGCAAACUUUUGCUCUGGGAGUGAUAUUGCCAUUGGAAUAUGGUCCACUGCUCAUAUUGCAAUUUGAAGGAUAAAGCACUAAAUCCCUGCUUGGGUGUGCAGGCAUCUCCCGACACAUCCCAGGUUUCCUUGUCUCUCUCUCUCUGUCUCUGUCUCUCUCUCUCUCUCUCUGAGCAGUCCCAGAGCCAGGGCCCUGUGUUAAGCCGAGCUCUCCUCCCCUCUCUCCCUCUGGGUCCAAAUCAAAGCUCGGGCCGGGUUCCUGCCCAGCUUUCAGCAGAGGAGUCAGACAGAGAGAAAGAGAGAGAGAGAGAGAGAGGGCCGGGCAGGAAAUGCCUUCUAGAAGCCAGGAGUUGGAGUGAUUCAUGUGUGCAGGAAUGUUGAGAGAGGAGGACCUAGGGUUGGAGGAGUCCAAGGGGCCAGGCUUGAGAAUUGAUUUACUGUCAAGGCGAAUUACAAAGUGAGUGGGGAUAUGGUUAAGGGAGUCCUUUUUAAAGGGAAUCGCUUCCUUCGUAUUCCCUAGUGGCUUGGUUACCUCAAUAUGCAGGUUUGAUGUUACUUCAAUAAAAAACCCUGGACGGGACCUUUUUUUGUUUCAAGCCUGUUUUCCCCUGAAAGUGCCCAUUGCAACAUGUAUAGUCUGUCUUAAAGUGAUCAAUCAAAUGUAUUGCAUAGCUGUAAACCUUCCUGUUUCAUUUGUACCGUCAACUAAAUGUAAAAAAAAAUGCUAGUAUGAGGUUCUGUGUUUGGAUUCAUGUGAAAAUCAAAACUGUCUGUCUUAUACUGUACAUUCAGAUUGUCCGGUUUUAAUGUUUUUAGUGUAAGUAAACACAAUCAGAACAAUGUGAGUCUUGUUCUCUUGCUCCUUUGAUUUGGUUGUAACGAGAACCCCUUUGCUGUCAGUGGGGGUGGUGGAGGUGGGAGGGCAGGGGUGGGGGGAGGGGGGGGUUACGGGUCCUGUGGUCUGUUCAUAGCAGUUUGCAGUUUUCUUCUCUUUUUUUGCCUUGUGUGAUAAACCUUUCUUUUUUUAAAAUAAAGUUCAUUUACCUCUGAUGUUCAUGAUGA